AUGUUUGGAAACGUGACACCGGAGAAGGCCGUAGACUUUACUCGCAUUAGCGUAGCCCUGAACUGUAGUUGGCCGCUACCAUCGACUGCUACCAGAUUCCAGAUGCUCCGUUUCCAGACUCUGCGAAUCCUAGCGAUCCUUAGCUCCUCGGGGCUUGUUUUACCGCUUUUGUACUCGGUGUACGUAAACCACAACGAUCCAGUCAUCCUCACAAAGGCGGCUUGUAUGUCCGUAGCUGUUUCACAGAUCCCGGUGCAAUCGUGCUUCUGCAUUGCUCAUUACGAUCGGAUUCAGGGGUUGAUCGAACAGAUGACGGAUUACUGCGCGAAAGCAAAGUCCUACGAAAGACGAAUCCUUCAACAAUACACCAACAAGUAUUCGAUGUUCUACGGGGUGUCCGCAACUUGGUUUUACUUGACCGCGAUCGCGUUCAUCUUCGGAGCUCUGUUCAUAGAAGGAGCUUUCCCGGUGGACGCGGAAUAUCCGUUUCCCGUGAAUUACGAGCCCAUGAGGACGAUGAUUUUUCUCCAUCAAGCGCUCGUCGGUUUGCAAUGCGCGGCGAUCGUUUGCGUGAACAUGUUCGCCGCGUUGCUGUUGUUGUUCGCAUCGGCGCGAUUCGAGAUUUUAAUGGCGAACCUGCGCGCCGUAGAAAGCAUCGAAACGUUGAUAGAGUGCAUACAAAAGUACUACGACCCGCAACCUCUCGCGGUAAAAGUGCAAUUUCUAUUCCUGGCUCUGACCGCGUUGGUGGAGGUUUUCAUGUGCGCGUUGCCGGCCGAUAACCUGAUGGACGUGAGCGCGAACGCCAUUCGAAGCUUGUACGAGUCGUUGUGGUACGAACAAUCCGUGGGAGUACAGAAGAUCGUAAUGUAUUCGUUGGUGCCCCAGAAGCCGAUAGUCGUCAGUAUCGCGUGCAUUAUCCCAAUCAUGUCGUUGAACUAUUAUUGUUCGUACGUCGCAAACGCAUUUUCCAUAUUUACCGCAUUGCGAAUCGUGAUGACUGACGACGAAGACGUAAACAUGUUACGCGAGACUGUUAAUACUACGUUUGCCACUGGUUGA